CUUUGGUUCUGUGUGCAUACGACAGGAUCCAACCAAGCUUCGAGCAGAGCUAACGCUGACCCAACAGACGCCGCUACUAGACGCCACAAGUCUGCGCCAUAGUCUCACUCAUGUCCGUCACAGGCGAGUGGCGUUCCAACUGGCCACUACAGAGCAAUUCUGUCCGUUCCAACACCCAAGGAAUCCUCAUCCCAAGAUUCUGGCACUCGGAAUCCUGCCGCGGGGACGGGGACGGGGAUGGAAACGGGGCGUACCCGCAAGACGCUUCAUUGUCUUACUUAUCGGCUACCCAUGUCGAGAAUCCUGGUAGAUUUCAAGCACGUUAUUACAACGACACUUCAUCUGCUUACACCGAAAUCAACUUUUCGACUUCAAUUGCGCCGAUACACCAGUGCCUUGCAUUUCAUCCUUGCGAUAUAUCAAGUUCAAAUGACUUUCAUUUGCUUUUGGACGUUAUUCCAUGCUACGUCCACCAUGUUUACUGGCUCAUCCUCAUUUCCAUGUCACCAUUUUCUUCGCAUAUGACCAUGGGAAAUUGCCCCAUAUCUGAGAUAGCCCAAACAGUCAGUCCUCCGGUGGAUGAAUAGUCGGGUAGGUGAUCACUGUCGAACCUCAGCUCCCAUAUGUAUCCUUUUUUGUUGAUAUUUGAUUUUUUGGGGACACGGUAUCAAGACUAAAUGUCAAAAAAAUCCGAAGGUUCUCAUUUAUUGUCUGUGGUAUGCCAUCCUUUUUCUUCGGAGACUAACAAACCGACCCUUUAU